CUCUUUCUCUCUCUCACACACACAACAAUGCGUAUGUGUGUACUACUCCUCCCGCCCCCAAUGCUCCUCCUUCUGCUCUUCUCUCUCCUUCCUGCCGCCCUAGCGGCAGAUCUGUCCUCGGACAGGGCCGCCCUCCUCUCCCUCCGCUCCGCCCUCGGCGGCCGCCCCCUCCUCUGGAACGACACCUCCCCCACCCCCUGCGCCUGGCAGGGCGUCCGCUGCGACGGCGACCGCGUCGUCGCCCUCCGCCUCCCGGCCUCCUCCCUCUCCGGCGCCCUCCCGGCCAACACCAUCUCCAACCUCACCUCUCUCCGAACCCUCAGCCUCCGCCUCAACCACCUCUCGGGCCCGCUCCCCGACGAUCUCUCUCGCCUCUCUCAGCUCCGGAAUCUCUACCUCCAGGGCAACCAGUUCACUGGCCCCCUGCCGGAUUCCGUUCUCUCCCUCCACGCCCUCGUCAGGCUGAAUCUCGCCUCCAACAACUUUUCCGGCGAAAUUCCCCGCGGGCUCGGCAACUUGACCCGCUUGCGCACCCUCUAUUUGGAGGAGAAUCAGUUUGACGGGCCUUUGCCCGAUAUCGAGCUGCAGAAUCUCGACCAGUUUAAUGUUUCUUUCAACAAUUUAAACGGGUCUGUGCCAAAAGGGCUUGUGGGGAAACCUAAGGACGCAUUUAUGGGCACUUCCCUUUGCGGCCAGCCUCUCGAUAGGAUAUGUGCUGGCAAUGCGGGCCCGACAGAGUCUCCGGCCGAGGCUCCAAAUGGCAACAUAGAUUUGGGGGGCAAAACCGGAAAGAAGAAGAAAUUGUCCGGCGGCGCAAUUGCCGGAAUUGUAGUCGGAUCUUUUGUGGGGUUGAUUCUACUGGUCUUGGCUUUGUUUAUCUUGUGCAGAAAAAGGAAGGGAAACAAUGUGAGGUCCGUGGAUGUGACUGCAAUUAAGAAUCAUACAGACGAGCCUCAUGAAAAGCCGAUUGAGGAAACAAAUGGUGGGGUUAGUAAUGGGUUUUCUGUGAGUGCUUCAGCUGUGAGUGCAAUGGGGGCGAAUGGCAACACCAGGGGUGAAAUGGGAACAAAUUCAGCGGCCAAUGUCAAGAAGCUGGUGUUUUUCGGGAAUGCCUCAAGGAUAUUUGAUCUGGAGGAGUUAUUAAGAGCAUCUGCUGAGGUUUUAGGUAAGGGCACGUUUGGGACGUCGUACAAAGCUGUCUUAGAGGUUGGUACAGUGGUGGCCGUGAAAAGAUUGAAGGAUGUGACCAUUGGCGAGAGGGAGUUUAGGGAGAAAAUUGAAGCUGUUGGGGCUAUGGAUCAUGAGAAUUUGGUGCCGCUCAGGGCUUAUUACUACAGUAGGGAAGAGAAACUUCUGGUUUUUGAUUAUAUGCCAAUGGGGAGCCUUUCUGCACUUUUACAUGGAAACAAAGGAUCAGGAAAAAACCCGUUAAACUGGGAAACCCGUUUAGCCAUCGCUCUCGGAGCAGCCCAUGGCAUUGAGUACCUCCAUUCUCAGGGCCCAACAGUCUCCCACGGCAACAUCAAAUCCUCCAACAUCCUCCUCACCAAAUCCCACAAGGCCAGCGUCUCUGACUUCGGGCUCAACAAGCUAGUCGGGCCUCCAUCAUCCCCUACACGGGUCGCGGGCUAUCGGGCCCCCGAGGUGACCGAGGCCCAGCGAGUCUCUCAAAAGGCUGAUGUAUACAGCUUUGGCGUUCUCCUUCUCGAGCUCCUUACAGGGAAAGCCCCGGCCCACUCGCUAUUGAAUGAGGAAGGAGUUGACUUGCCGAGGUGGGUCCAGUCUGUCGUGAGGGACGAGUGGACCUCGGAGGUUUUUGAUGUGGAGCUCGUGAGGUACAACAGUUUGGAGGAGGAGAUGGUACAACUCCUGCAGCUGGGGAUUGGCUGCACAGCUCAGUACCCAGACAGCAGGCCUUCGAUCUCUGAGGUCGUGAAGCGUAUUGAAGGGAUUCAGGUUUCGAGCCUCAGGGGCUACCAGGAUGAAACUGACCGUUUACAAAAGUUGCGGCAAGGACCGCGUUCGAUUGAUGAGUAUAUGAAGGACUUUUAUCGCCUUUUAACUCGUGUGGAGGUACGUGAGACGAAGGGCCAAUUGGUUUCUAGGUAUGUGGGGGAUAUGAGUAUUGUUAUACAGGAUGUACUUAAUCUAUUUGUCCCGGAUUCAGUUUCGGAUACAUAUCAACAAGAUAUCAUUGUUGAGAAACAGUUGGCUCGAAAGACGGGUCCGUCCUUUGCGUCUUCCUCACAGUCGGAUGCGGCAGUGGGUGCUGCAAGUGCGGGUGUGCAGUCCGGGCGUGGGGCACCUGCUGCGGGCAUGUCCUCGGGCUCGGCGCUGACAAUGGGGUGCGGAGCUACGGCCAGUGGAGGGCUGCCUCGAUCGCACGAUGAAAUGGGGCAGGCGGCAGCCGCAGGUGUACAGCGGGCUGGUGGCAGGAUACAAUGCUUCAGAUGCGACGAGCUUGGCGGCUUGUCCACGAGGGUCUGGGACGCCUGCUUUAUUCGCCGAGGAAUCAGCGGAAUAUUCUGCAGCCGUGGUAUAUGA